AUGAUUAUCACCUACCUCUGUCGUCAAGAAGUCCGAGAAACGUCAAACUGGUUCACCCUGGCGUCGUUUGCCACCGGCGAAUUUAUGUCCUGUGUUUAUUACCCGAUUCAAAUAUUGGUUGAUAUAUACAUCAUUGACAACAAUCCAGCUUGUCUCUUUGCAGUGACGUUGGGUACCGCAAGUGCGAUGUGCUUCACACUCAACGUCCUUGGUUUGACGGUGGAGCGUUACAUUUCGAUCUGCAAGCCUCUACGAGCACCGACUUUGCUUACUCAGCGUCGCAUCGGGAGUGUCAUUCUGGCCAUCUUCAUCUACUCAUUAACAACAGCAAUGUUCAUCCCCUACGUUACUCCCCUUGGCUUCAAAGGCAACAUAUCCGGCGCCGUUAACGGAUGCAGACUGAGUACCGUCAUUUUAAGUCGGGGCUACGUCGCAUUCCUGUUUGCCAACGGGCUUUUGCCCAUACCCGCCAUGAUCAUCAUCUACUGUCGCAUUUUUCAAGUUCUGCGUCGCCACAUCCGCACUGUAUCUGAUCUCACCGUGAUCCAGCCGGGAACCUCUCAAAGGGAAUCGGGUGAUCCCGGUCGGGUAGCUGCGAAUGCCAAUGAUCACAGAGUCUGGAAGCGCGAGGCCAAGUCUGCUGUUCUGCUCUUCAUCAUCGUCAUCAGCUUCGCAGUCUGUUGGGUGCCUUUCGUUGUCUUCAUCCUCUACCGAUCGUUCACCAGUGUCGUUAGUCCGCUUGCCUAUGCCAUGAGUCGCUCCUUUGUUUUCCUUAAUGUAGCCAUCCAUCCAUUCGUCUACGGGUUUGGCAACAAGACUUACCGCCAAGCCAUUUAUUUGGUUUUCUGUGGCCCAGUGAUGAAGGCGUUCGGUCGUAAUCCUCUGACGAGUGUGACCGUGUGA